GAUGAAGGCUAAGGUGGUGGAGAGUUCUUUCUUGUGUCCCUCAUUAACACAUCACUUGGAUUGAGAUAAAGACUCUUCAACCAAAGGCCACUCAUGCACAUGCACUUCUAGUGAACCAUGAGAGUAUAAAUCCAAGUGUGGGCAAAGAGAGCUUGUUUUCAAAGUAAAACCAUGGCCAAGGGUUCAAGAAGACUACUUCUAGGGUUUCUCUUUGUUUCAUUUCUCUAUGCUUCCGUGCUUCGGUGUAACGUCUCCCCCAUUCGUUUAUGGAAGUUGCCGAUAUUACAUUGGCCAAGUAAUUUGGGCUUUAGAAGCAAUAUCAUAGGAGGAAAAGAAAGAGCGGAGUAUUUCAAUUUUCUUUUGCGCAAAUUGGUAAGAGGGCAUGCAAAGAAUGAGCUUAAACAAAACCACAUAACCUACAUAUCAGAUCAAGAAUCAAACCUAUGCAUCACAUCAAACCCAAUUAGAAUCACAACAACGCCCUCCCCAACCAUCUACACAACUAACCCUAACCAACAAAACACCACCCAAUUUACUCUACGUCCAUACCCAAGAAAAACAGAUGCCCUAGCCAUGCAACGUACAACACCAAUCACCAUCCUCACAAACCCUAAAACCCCUCUCCCUCCCUGCACCACCACCUACACCUCCCCUGCCAUCAUUUUCUCCACCGGUGGCUUCGCCGGAAACUUCUUCCACGACAUCAAUGACGUCCUCAUCCCCCUCUUCCUCACCGCCGGCCAUCUUCGAACAAAUGUCCUUCUAAUCUUCGACUACCAGCCAUGGUGGGCUAUCAAGUAUCGCCGUCUUCUCGCCUCCCUUUCGUCGGAGAUCAUCAUCACUUCAUCUUCUACUGACGUGCAUUGCUUUCCGGCAGCUGUAAUUGGACUCAAGUACCAUGGAAACCUUGCAUGUAAUUCCUCUGAUGUUCCCGGAGGUGUUACUAUAAAAGAUUUCAUUUUUUUUCUACGUAGUUCUCUUGAGUUGAAACCAAAGAGAAUGCAUGUUGGACAAGAACCAGUUAUGGUCAUUCUUUCACGUAGGAAAUCAAGAAUGUUAGUCAAUGAGGCUGAUGUGGUUGAGUUAGCCAAGAAGAUUGGGUUCCAAGUUGAGUUAGCCACAACUGAAAUGAUGUCAAAAGUGGAUGAGUUUGCUGAGUUGGUGAACUCUUGCAGUGUUUUGAUGGGUGUUCAUGGUGCAGGACUAACCAACAUGGUCUUCUUACAACCAGGUUCAGUAUUAUUGCAGGUGGUGCCAUGGGGAUUAGAUUGGGCUUCUAAGGCAUAUUAUGGAAGACCAGCACAAGAGAUGGGAUUGAAGUAUGUGGAGUAUCAUAUAGCAGUAGAAGAGAGCACAUUAUAUGAAGAGUACCCAAAAAACCACCCGGUUUUAACUGAUCCUUGGUCUAUUAAUCUCAAAGGUUAUAAUAUUAGUAGGCCAGUUUACACUGAUGGGCAAAAUGUUAAGCUUGAUUUGGUUAAGUUCAGUGAAGUGCUUUCACAUGCCAAGCAACUUGUUGUAAGCUCAUCCUAGAGUUGAGAUAUAUAGAAGGAUAUGAUGCAAAUUUGUAUAGAAAUUGGAGGAAGUUUAUUGGUGGUUUUUA